CACCUUUCAGCCACCGGGCGCUGGGGAAUCUGCAUUCCAGACCCGGGCGCGCGCUCUGCAAAGUCGCGGCUCCCGCAGGAUCCGUGACGAUGGCGCAGACCGCUGGCUCCACGGCGGGUCUGGGCUUCCUGAGUCUGCUUUUUUCUCUCCGGUUAUGCCCGGCGGCCUGCGAUACUCACUCUCUUUGCUAUAACUUCAUCAUCAUUCCAAAGCCCAGCCCUGGACACCCCUGGUGUGUGGUUCAAGCCCAGGUGGACGCAGAGGAUUUUUUUUCCUGUGACUGUGGUGCUGCUCAGAUCCAAUCCGUGAGUUCCCUGGGAGAGAAGGUGAAAGGUACAAAGAACUGGGAGAUACAGAUCGAAACACUCAAAGACGUUGGGGACUUCCUCAAGGAGCAACUGCCUGACAUCAUGCCUGAGAACUACACGGCCAUGGACCCUCCCACGCUGCAGGUCAAGGUGACGUGCCAGUCUCAAGAUGAUGGACACACGAGUGGAUCCUGGAAAUUUGCCUUCAAUGGACAGAUCUGCCUCCACAUCGAUUCAGACAAUAUGACCUUGACCGUAGUUCAUUCUGGAGGCAGACGGAUGAAAGAGAAGUGGGAGAGUGACCGGAUUGUGACCAGCUUCCUCAGGAAUAUAUCCCUGGGUGACUGCAAAUCCUGGCUCACCCAUUUCUUGGUGCACUGGGAGAAAAUGUUGAAGACAGCGGCAUCACCAACUACAGCGCCCCCCAUAGCCCAUUCGAAGGGUGCAGCCAUCAAGCCCAGCGCCUGGUUCCCACUCCUGGUCCUGGUCCUCGCAGGGCUCGUGCCAACUGUCCUCCUGGGCUGAGUCCUUUACAGGUGCAGGUGAAAGGUGCUGCCACGACGCCCCAACAGGGUGGUCGGCCUCAGAGACUCGCCUUUGCCUCAGCUGCUUUGAGCUCCUGCUGUUCACCCUAGAGUCCAGGAGUUCCGACACUAUGAACCUGAGCCUGCGGUUUGAUCCGCGUGAUACUCAGAUACACUUUGUUGUGUCCCUGCUUGCACUCUGUGACCAGUUUACUUGGCACUUUUUUUUUUUUUUUUUUGUAAAACCUAUGUUACCUCUUUCUCUUGGCACUAAGGAAUGAAAUCUCUGGCCUGAGAUGUUCAGCUGCUUGAACAAGAAAUCUCAGCAAAAAGGACAUUUUCCAUCUCUGGCUUGUGGAAGAUCCGACUCUUCUCUGCGUCAUGACCUCAUCCUUGCAAAUGACGGCCACUGCCAGAGAAAUACCAUGUGCCAUCACAGAACCUCAGGGAUUCUUUUUAAAUAAGUAUAGUAUAUUUAAAUAUGAUGUAAAUUAUCUUUAAGACUCUUUCCGUUAGUAACUUAUAACUCUAAACUUAUAUUUAAGUAAAUGUUUCUAUAUUCCAAAAAA